GUGUGCGUCACUGGCGGAGGAGUCCCUAUAAAAGCGGGAAGCGGUGGGUGGCUGGGCAUUCCCGGAGCAGCAGCUGGUGCGGCGGUAUCUGCUUUCCUUCAGCGACACCGAGAUCUACACCACCGGCAGCGGCCCGCCAGAAAUCGAGCAAACAUGCAGAUCUUUGUGAAAACCUUGACUGGCAAGACCAUCACCCUUGAGGUUGAGCCCAGUGACACCAUUGAAAAUGUCAAAGCCAAGAUUCAGGAUAAAGAAGGCAUUCCACCUGACCAGCAGCGUUUGAUCUUUGCUGGCAAGCAGUUGGAGGAAGGACGUACACUGUCUGAUUACAACAUCCAGAAAGAGUCCACUCUGCAUUUGGUGUUGCGUCUGAGAGGUGGCAUGCAAAUCUUUGUGAAAACCCUGACUGGCAAGACCAUCACCCUAGAAGUGGAACCCAGUGACACCAUUGAAAAUGUCAAGGCCAAGAUUCAAGACAAAGAAGGAAUCCCACCUGAUCAACAACGUUUGAUUUUUGCAGGCAAACAACUGGAAGAUGGUCGCACGCUGUCAGACUACAACAUCCAGAAAGAGUCCACUCUGCAUUUGGUGCUGCGUCUGCGAGGUGGCAUGCAGAUCUUUGUGAAAACCCUGACUGGCAAGACCAUCACCCUUGAGGUUGAGCCCAGUGACACCAUUGAAAAUGUCAAGGCCAAGAUUCAGGAUAAAGAAGGCAUUCCCCCUGACCAGCAACGUUUGAUCUUUGCUGGCAAGCAGUUGGAAGAUGGCCGCACCCUAUCUGAUUACAACAUCCAGAAGGAAUCCACUUUGCAUCUGGUAUUGCGUCUGAGAGGUGGCAUGCAGAUCUUUGUGAAGACUCUAACUGGCAAGACAAUCACCUUGGAAGUUGAACCCAGUGACACCAUUGAAAAUGUCAAGGCCAAGAUUCAAGACAAAGAAGGAAUCCCACCUGAUCAACAACGUUUGAUUUUUGCUGGUAAACAACUGGAAGAUGGUCGCACGCUGUCAGACUACAACAUCCAGAAAGAGUCCACUCUGCACUUGGUGCUGCGUCUGAGGGGGGGCACUUGUUAAACCACUGUACUUUUUUUGUUUCAUUGAGGGUAGUUGUCUUGCCUCUAGCUUAAAAGUUCAUUAAAGUGUGUUCCCAUGUCAUUCAAAAUAAAAUUGUUGCAAGCUUA